AUGGCCUUCGACAACAAAAGAGUCAUUUGGAUUGCUGCUGGUGUGCUGUCUGGACUGGGUACAGCUUUCUGUAUCACGGAACUACGAAAAUUUAUCAGGGAGAAAUGUACACGAAAACCCCUUUCCAAAAUGGAGGACAGCAUUCGCUUAGAAGAUCUGGAAGUUCUUGCUCGAUCACCGAACUAUUCACUGCGGAAAAGCGCCGAGCAAGUGGUGUUGGACAGGGCGAUGAAGGAUCACAAUCUUGAUUUUAUCAUCACUGCUUGUUACAGCACCGACGAAAUCCAGGUUUUGAAAGCGGUUGUUGCUUUGGCAGUCUUAGUGAAAAAUUCCGAACGCGUUGCAAGAGACAAGUUAAUUGAACAUGGUACAUUGGAAUCGCUUUCCCAUGCUCUCGUUCAUUCCGUUGAGGUGGGAUUUAAGAAACUCGUUGAAAUCGGAGGCUACGAUUUUCGUUUGCAGCGGUGUGCGUCGGAAUCGUUAUUUCACCUUGUUUAUGAUGAAGAUGCCACUAAAAUUCGUUUAGUGAAAUCGAACUCAUCUAUUAUCGGAACUCUUCUAGAACUAGUUUCUGAGACAAGGAAUAAGGAGGUAAUGAGAUGGAGUUUAUUCACAGUGCAUCAACUAGCCGCUUGUGAAACUCUGCGGCCGGUUAUCCUAGAACAUGGGGUGAUACCGGUUGUCUCGCAAACUCUGGUGAAAAAUCAAGGAGAUUUUGUGUUGAUGAGAACUUGCUUGCACACAAUGGUGAUGUUUGUAAAUAAUAACACGGAGGAGGAAGUUGAACAUCUCAAGGAAAUGGCCAAAUAUGACAUAUUCAGACCGGCUGUUGUCUCUCUUAGAUCUGGUAAGUACGGACGAAGUGCCUGAGGUGGGGGCCCUGUGCACAUUUUGCGGGUGAAACUGAGUGUGCCUCUACAUUAUAGUUUUCAUUCACAACAGUUUCCCAUGCAAGUGAAUUGGUCAGCGCCAUAGUUGGCCUCUGACACUCUGUAACUCUAGCCCGAUUCUCAGAUGCUCCACAUAUGUCAUGCACGAUCGAGAGAGAGAGAGAGAGAGUGCAUGGCCACGAACAUUUAAGAAUCAGGCUACUGUAACCCUAACUCUAUAUACACUUGUAGUGUACUGUUUCAAAUUUCACCAUGAUUAGUCAUACUAGCUAAGGUAUGUCAAUCGAAGGUGAAUCUUCUGGAUUUAAAUUCUUAGUGAACACACCCAUGCUUACAUGUUUAGAAAGAUAAAGAAAAAUUUGUUGUCAUGUCUUUACAUGUACACCCACCAUGAAGUUUGAAAAUGGAGAAUUCCACAUGACCGUCAUGCAGAGAAUGGCAAGGAAAUGUACUAAAAAGUGGAAAUUUUCUGUUAUAUAUGUGUGUCCACAUUAGCUGGGUGUUUGCGGUCGACCUUCCUUGAAUUGAAUUAGGAGAUGGUUGAUAUAGGAAACAUGCACAGUACAUGUACUUGUGACUGGCCUAAUUUUAGAAUGGGACAUCAGUUUGAAUACAUUUGAAAUCUGGGUGGCACAUACACUGUAGGUACAGUUCCUUAAAACCCACCCAAGAUCCCCCCCCCCCCACUACCCUUUAACACCCACUGCCAAGUAUUUAGAAGCAAAUAAAACCAUAAAUUAUUAAAAUUGAUGUCAUAAACCAAUUCAAUGCCAGCUCCCAGUUCGCUUGCUAGCUCAGUUGGUUAGACCAUCGCACCGGUAUAGCAGAGGUCAGGGUUUGAAUCCCUGCGAGCCUGAAUUUUUUAGGCUCUCUUUCCACAACUGCAUAAGUUGUAUUAUUUGACUGUAAUGAUCUUCUCUGCCUUAAUUUAUUUUUUCAUCACACGCUUCAAAUAUAUGAAAUUCAUAUAUUCAUCAUUUCACAAUGAGGCUGUGUUUGUCUAUGCAGAUGAUAGUGACCUUGUUUACUGGGCAGCUGGAUUACUGCAUCAGUUUGCCAUUCAGGAUCUCCACAAGACAGAAAUAUGUGCCAUCCCGAACAUCAUCAAAUCACUUCAAAAUGUGCUGUGUUCAAGUGAAGCUAUCCUACAGAGGUUGAUCCUUCGUGUUGUCAGUUUCCUCUGUGUUGGAAAUCAGUCAUUCCGUAGUAGCGUUCUUCAUUGUUCUUCACUUGUGGCCCGACUGCCGAUUUGUCUUGCUUCUGGUGACAGUGAUAUUGUGCACUGGGCAGUGGUUUUACUUCAUGAUCUUCUGCUUUCUGAAGGUUUGUUUAAUGCUCUACUAGAAUUUUAAGAUAUAUCUAGAACUGUAGCCUGCGAAUGCAGAUACGUUUCCAGUUGUCGCUCCUCUCCACCCAGGUGAAGACAAGAGAAGACCGAAAAUAUGGCUGUGUUUGCAGUCUACUAGAACUGUGCAAUACUGUAUAACUGACUAUGAACUUGUCUGUGAAAUAAGGUUCUACAUGUAAGACUUUGUUUUAUUACCAUGAAGUGAGAAUAAUGCUUAUUGCAUGCUUCUCAUUGUAUCCUAUAGUGACGUUAAUUAGGAUUGAUCACAGAUAUAUGUAGAAUGAAUAGGAAAGUUUUCUCUAUUCCCACACUUAGAUUUUUUUUCUGUCAUACUAAGUAUUGUAAUAAAACCUCACCUAUCUACCAUCUCUCUGGUAACUCUAUAAUGAUUAUUUUCAUCUUAGGAUCUCCAAAUGCAAACCGUGCAGCAGCUCUUAGAGUGCUUUCUGUAGCUAGUGAUAUUAUAAAGGCCCUUGUACCACUGGCAUCUAGAAAAGAUAACAUCUUGAUUCGUUUGGUAGCAGAACUACUGGGUCUGUUUUGUACUGUUGGUAAGUCAAUACAGUAACCAUAUUUCCUCAAAUAAUAGCUGUGGGCGAUUAUUUAAGGGGAGCUGAUUAUUCGAGGGAGAUGAUUAAUUCAGAUAUUGCUCACUGGAAGUCGUGCCCUACACCUUUUUAAAUUGUUUUACUAUCCCACCCAUAAAAUAAAAUAAAAAAAUGAUCACAUCAAAUGAAACGAAAACAUGGGCUUUUCAUGUGUUCCAAAUUUGGUUCCUUGAUUCAUUUUUACUUUCAAUAUCCAUGGUGUCAGUGCUUGAAUUGUUACUGAUCGGUUUUGCUGGAUCAGACUCUACUUCAUCUUGGCAGGGAUGGGAUGAAAGAAGGGGAAGGUAGCGAGAGGGGUAGGGGGGCAAUUAUUUAAGGGAGGCGAUUAUUUUCAAUAUUUUUGUCUAAGUAGGGGGGGAGCAAUUAUUCGAGGAAGGCAUAUUAGUCGAGGAGAUAUGGUACUUUUACCUGCAUUUACAACUAAAUACAUAAAAUGAUUUGUAUUGAGUUAUUGAAAGCAUAUCCACGGAGUGGUUGCUUUAUCUCCAUUGGAAAUGUUGGUUUUUUGGGGGGAAGAGGGGAAAAUGGAGACAGGCCUCUUGAAGCAAGAGUUACACCUGACUACAAACUCUAUCCAAGUAUGGCAUUGCUUCUGGGAUUCGAACCCAGGCAACAUUACGAAUUGCUAAUGCAUUGUCUUGCUUCCCUGUACACUGUAUUUGCUCCCCAAGUGUAAGGGCCAGUAUCAUUUCCUAGUGCUUUAUCAAAAUUAUAAUCUUUGAAAUUUUUGUAUGAAAAAAUUGUCUUUAAGAAGAUAAAUAAUGUGUCCUUUUCAUUAUGGUACCUCAGAAAGUUUACAAAGCCAAGUUCUUGAAGAUGGAUGUUUGAAGCGUUAUGACUGUAUAAGACAUAGUUCGCUGAGACUUGAAGUUAAAACCCGGAGACGAGAAGACAAUUUGUACCGGUACUGUAGACUACUCCACUUUUCUCUCUAUUAGGCCGACCCACCGGACUUCGGUCUUAUGGAGUUAGCGAUUGGCGACAGUGAUCAUCCACAAUGUGCCACACAUGCUGCUAAAACACUUGUCAUGCUUGGUUUUCUUGGUUAGUGACUAGCGUGUAAACAUUGUAGUUUCAAAAAGGCUUUGAUACAUGUAUAAUGUGCUGUGUUAAGUGUUAUAAAAACCAAAAGUACAGAAUUGUUUAAUUUAAAGUACAAGUAAAUUGCACUUGAAAUGUGAUCCUCCCAAAAAUAAAUUAAGUAUUGACAAUCAUCAAUUGAUUAUUGAUUUAUUGAUUUGUAAAUGAAAAUCAUCAUUAUCACUUUGGCCGUAGGAAUUGCCUCCUUUUCCUUCUAGGCCACAAAUUGUUUUCCUCAGGUAGCUUAUUAAGGGACUAUACAGUGUAUGUGUGCCAACUGUUCCCAUUAUUCAUGAAACCAUUGAAGGUGAUUAUUUAUCUUAUGUAAGAGGGGCAGGUUGCUUAAUAGGUUUUUAAAGUGAUAUAAUUGUUUGCACUGUUAACAAUAAUAUUAUUGUGCAGCAAUAAAAAAAACCAUAUAAAUUAUGUGUUCUAGACACAAAGGUCCCAGUGGUCAUCAGGUCAUUUGGUUACAAGACUGGUGAUGAGGCAAGGAUUUGUAUCGAUGGAAAGGAAUUCUGUCCCAACAAACCAGGCGUCAAUGUGGUAGUAAUGGAUCUAAUGACAUACCAAGCAACUGAGGUUUCUUCAUUUGACACUGGUCAUGACAAAGAAGCCAGUGAACAACUUGUUGAGUUUAUUGACAUGGUCCCUGUUGGGGCUCUGGUUUUUAUAGCUGUCAGAGGAGAGGCAAACUACUACUUGACAGGUCAUAAUGCAUUUUUCUGUUGUCACACAGUUACAAAAUUAUUCAUACCUAUUAAAAAAAGCCAAAUCAUGAAAGUGAGAACUGUAAGGGCAGCGUGCAAAGAAAGUAGUGUCCGAUAGCCCGGUGCUAGUGGAUUUUGCUAUCGGGCUAGUGAAUUCUGUUUUUAACUUGCCUGAUGGGCAAGUGAUGUUUUUUGAGUAAUUCGAAUAAGAGAAGAACUGUAAAAUCAAUUCUGCUAGUCAAAAAGUUUUUGGGGCUAGUUGAAAUGACGUCUGGGCUAGUAAAUGCUAGCUUCAACUUGCCCGAAUGGCAAGCUGUAAAAAUGAUUUUCUUUGCACCCUGUGUAAGGGUAAUAUUUAUUCAUUUCUUUUAUAAAUAGAAUUUCUUUGAACUUCUCAAGACUGCAUGACCAGUGCUUCAUCCUUGCUGACCACUCCACACAACCCUCCCUUCCUACCAUACACUUCCUACGCUAACCUAUCCAUCUCCCCCUAAUCCCUAAUUACCCCUAGUCCCCACUCACCACUGCUAACUACCUCACACUACUCUCCACCCCUGCUUGCUUCCUACUCAUUACUACAGUACUCACAAUACCCUAUCCAUCUACCCCUAAUCCCUACUCACCCCUACCCCCCACUUCUCCCCACACUACCUUAUCCAACCAGCUUCCUCCCUAUUCCAACCUUCUUCCCACCCUCCCCACUCAUGCUAGGGUUUGUACAGGUCAUGGAAAAUCUGGAAAGUCGUGAAAUUUAAGAAUUUUAGUUUCCAGGGCUGGAUUAUCGGUCCUGGAAAGUCAUGGAAAAUUAAGGCUAUGUUUGAUAGAUUAGUUACUGCAGAUGUCAAAGCGAGGACAAUGUAAGAUUAAGACAAGUAAUAAAAUGGCACGCAUUUUGGUGGACACCAGAGUUUGUGUCUUUUGAACUUAGUUAGGUAAAAAACUACCCUAGAACAAGUAAAGUUUUGAAGAUAAAAGUGAAAGCUAAACCUAAGGUCAUGGAAAACUUGAGAAGGUCAUGGAAAGUCAUGGAAUUUGAAAAGUCAAAAAGAGUAUGAACCCUGUCAUACUCUCCACUCACUAUUAAUUUUUCUUCCACACACACCUGCAUGUAUUGCCGAUCCCUUUUCACCCAUACACCCCACCCACCCCUUCUCCCUUUACUUUGCUUUCCACUCAGCGUUUCUUCCACUUUCACUCAUUUCUCAUGCUCCCUACUGACCCAACCCAACCCACUCCUAUUACUUUUCACAGUACCUUUCUCUUUCUCUUUCAUCCACGGCAGAUAAGGCCAAGUUAAGUCUCAAAGAUGUUGGACUUCAAGACUGUGAUUUCAAAACUGGUGAAUUGUGGGGCUUUGCUGGUUACAAGAAGAGAGAUGAAGGAGUGGCAGUUGGUUUUCUGCAGGGAUUCGACGUAGUGGAGUUAGACACUGAACUUAAUCUAGGUUGGAAAUUUAAAACUCGUUGUCAGCUAUUGAAAUAUUAUGUUAUAUUAGGUUAACUCAGUUGGGGCAGCCAGCACUCAUCUGCAGAACAUGUGCAGGAGGUUUUAUGUACAUGUUAUUUCAAUGCAGUCAAUGGGAUACUUGCCCAUCAGUGAGCUUCAAAAGUUAGUUGCCCAGCAAGAAAAUCUACCUGUCCCAGAUGACUGGAGAGGGCAUUUUUUGAGCCUUGUUUUCUAUAAUUUUGUUGGCUGUAAUGCAACUUCUUUUCAGUUACUAAGCUUAACAAUGAAGUAUUUUAAUUGAUAAAUAAAAUAAUAUCAAAAGUGAUAAAUUGAAUUCUUUAUCUUUUGUUACUCCUGCAGGUUAUUAUGCAAAUGAACAAGUACAAGGUUAUAUUUUGUUGCCGCUGAUCGACCUGUUGAUGAGUACACCUGCAUCACUUACUAUUAGUAAGGUCUCUGAACUGGAAUUGCUCACUGUGCUAGCAAGACAUGACCACCACAAGGAGGGUGGGUGCUUAGAGUGAUCAACAUCAAUUUUCUCCUCCCAAUAUAAAUACAUUAUCAAAAGAAAAGGUUAUGAGAUUUAAUAAAAUGAUCACCUCGGGAAAAUGCUUUGAUCUUUCAUCAAAUUCUCUCAACUGAUUCUUAAAGAAAAUGUAUGGAGAUCAGUUUGGAGAAUUUGUGUGUGGAUUUUGGGGCUUAAAGGGUUAACAGGGUUACCAUUAGUUUCUAAAAAAAACUGUAGUGGUAGAUUUGUGCAGAGAGAUUGAGAGGCUGACUUCUUCAGUACUAAUCCAUUGCCAGAGCCAAUCAGGUUGCCAAGUACAGUAUGUGCAAAAUGAGUUAACAUUCAACUCUAGGUGACUGUUUUAGUAACAGCUGCCAGUAUUAUUACUUUACUGUUGUGUCUUACAAGAGAGAUACUGUAUCACACUUUUAAUAGGGGCAGUUUACAUGAAGGGAAGAAGAUCCAAGAACCACUAAGAUCCUAUAAGGCGGAAUGACUUUUAGUGGGGUUUACAUGCAGAAAUUUCAGUUAGUGUAGUUACCAAGUAGAGAAGUUGUUAAAGAUCGCGGGUGACAAUUACAAACAUGAAAUAAUAACUUUUCAGUAGCAGCAGGAAGUUCUUUACAACUGGUAGUGCCAAACGAAAUUGUUUGCCUAUAUUGCUGUGAUUACGUACCUUAUACCACUACAUGAGAAAUUUCUGCAAUAAGAUUGGCUUGGAGCAGUGGUGUUUCAGCUUAAUCUGAAAUACCUUCAUGUGAAAAUUACAAACCUUUUGCGGGUAGUGGUAUAAACAAAUAAUAGCACGAUUUGUACGUGAUAUUUGGCAUAAAUACCACUCGUGAUAUUUCAAAAUUGUCUCAAAUUUCAAACAAACUAGACAAAAAUAGCUUCAGGUCAUUUGUAUAGGUAAUGGCACGAUUUGUAUGUGAUAUUUGGCAUAAAUACCACUCGUGAUAUUUCAAAAUUGUCUCAAAUUUCACUCGCCUAACGGCUCGUGAAAUUACGUAUAACAAUUUUGAAAUAUCACUCCUGGUAUUUAUACCAAAUAUCACUACAAAUCAUGCUAUUACCUAUACAAAUGACCUGAAGCUAUUUUUGCCUAGUUUGUCCCUUGUACUGGGAUCUUCCUCGCAAAAGCAGUUUACAUGGUGUGAAGAUCUUCCUCAUGCCAGGAUCCAGUCCUGAUAUGUCUAGAUCCUAGCACGAGGAUGAUCUUAGUGCUAGGGAAAGUACAACCCUUUGCAUGUAAACUGAAUAUAGAAAACAAAUGGCACUAGGAUGAUCUGCCUUCAAGGAAGUCUGGUGCCUGGUGCUUUGAGAAAGAUUCACAUUCGAGGGAAAAAAUAAUUAACUGUUUCUCUCAAAACCAGCCAUCAAGUGUCCAAAGUAACCUGUUGAAUUUGUUUGAAUGCUUUGUUUUUAGUAAUGGUCAGCUUUGACGGUUUUAUGAAUUACAUAGUGGAGUUGAUCGACAACAUGUCAAGUAAGACUGCUGACCACCUGAGAGCGAAUCCACUAGUGAUAGCACACUGUAUUGGUGCCAUGAAGAUAAUUACUGCUAUAAGCAUUGCAAAGGACAGUCAUGUAAGUAUGAUUUCAAGGGCUCUGUUUGCACCAUGUAAGGCAAUCCAAGACAGUCUUGGAUUCUGGAUUCCACACUGCGGAUUCUGGAUUCCAGGUAUUGGAUUCCGGAUUCCAGAUUCCAUUCCGGAUUCGUCCUGCUGUAUUCCAGAUUCCAAAGCCCAGGAUUCAGGAUUCCACAGCAAAAAUUUGCUGGAUUUUGGAUUCCAAAAGAAAAAAGAUUCCACAAUCCCUUAACACUGUACUUUAAGAAAAAUUGAAAGGAGUGUAGUUCUAUCCAAGGUGCCCAGCACAUGGUUUUUAUUACAAAACUAAGAUUUCCUUGUCGCUUAAGAGCAAAUGUAAGGUACCACUGGCCACUGGGCAGUGCCAGAGCACAACCCUGGAUUUGUAUCGAGGCCCUCUUUGGGGGUGGGGGGGGGGACGUAUGUCCCUAGUGUGAAUUUCAAAUAUGGUAAUUUAUCGAUGGAGCAGUGACCUGUACUCUUGACCUGUGAAAUGUGACCUGUACUUUAGACCCGGCCGAACUAGCGUUUGCAUCAAACAUUCUCUCUUGUGCAUGUUUUAAUUCCAGGAGAAGUUUGCAGAACACAAAGUACUUGAUGCAAUUUUAGCCCUUCUUUCUCUAAUGAAUGCAAUCCAGCUAGAGAAACUAACUCAACAUAUGAAUGCCAAUACAACUGGUCACAUGCAACAAACAGUUGAAUUGGAAUCAGACGCCGAUCAGGGACUUCAUCUCACUGAGGUGAUGGCUGCGUCUUCAGACAACGUUUCCACAAUGGCUGAGGCGGGUUAGUGAAUUCUUGUUGCGUUGUUAAAUCUUAAAUGUACAAAAAUAUUUCGGGAAGCUUUCGCAAACUUCAGAUCAUCAUCGGAAACGUUUGAGUCUGAAGUGUUCGGAAAUAUUCGUGAUUUGUCAACUUCGCACCUCUUCGGAAGUGUUCGGAUUAACACUCGAAUUACCAUGGAUUGAUCUCUCAAAUAUAUUGUGAAACCUGCUUUCAAAAAGUGCAUUUUAUGGAUCAAAUUUACUUUUCUCUUGUCCGGAAAGACUGUAGUAUUGCAGCAGGUUAUUGUUAAUCAACUGGCAGAAAUGGCUUGUGAUAUUAAGCUCACAUAGGUAAGACAUCUCUCAGGAAAUAUCUCAUAUCAAAAACUACAAAAUUGCCAGGUGGCAAGAGUACUUAUGACCCAUACAUUUUUUGUAAAUACUAAAGUUUUAGUUCUUUAACUUGUGGGUUCAGAUUUUCAGAGUUAUCUACAGUGACAGUUAUUAAGUUAUGUCUUUCCAGUAUUAGUGGAAUUAGUUUUAUAAUGCUUGUUUAAAAGGAUUGACCUGUUCUUGCAUUCAAUGCGCGGCCCAUCCCGACAUAUGAAAAAGCAAUGAUUAAUGCAUUUUAUGGGGAUUUGCUUCCUUCACAGUAAAACUAACGGCAAGUGGCUUAAGAACGCCGGUUCAUGGUGAUUCCUCGGAACCAUCUUCUCCAUUACAAACCACUCAACUUAAAUGCACUGUAAAGAAGAAAUCUAACGCAAAGACCCUGCAGUCGGAAUCGGUCUCGGGAGAGGCGAUAGUUCAUGAUGAUUUAGAUGAGGCGUUUUCCAACCUGACAGGAUUGAGCGUAAUAACGCUGUACAACUGUAUUGACUUGAUCACAAGUUCAGAAGAAUCCCGGGAGCAUUUCUUCAAAGCUGGUGCGAUGCAGAUUCUGUGGUGUCGCCUGCUGACUGCAAGUCCGUCAACUGUGCAGCAAAUUGGCCUCGCCACUGAGAUGUUAUUAAACACCUGUUGUUGUAUGACCAUGUUGGAGAAGUAUUACACUGGUAUGUGUUGCCACUGAGGAGGCUAUGAGCUUACUUAGAUGUAUAAACGACAGGAAAUUAAAGUAGUUUUACUGGUAAAAAGGCAAGAUUUUGAAUAUAACUUAUAGUGAUGAAAAGUUGUCAACAUCUUUGACAAAGACAACGUUUCGACGCUAAGCUGGCGUCAUUUUAAGUCAAAUCGAAUGAAAGAACAGUACGUACGAGAUUGCUCUAGGUAUAGGAAAAGAAAUACGAAUGUUGUCUGUAUGAUAAAACGUGUUGAGUGAAUAGAUUUAUAACAGAUACAGUCAACUGCCGGCUUAAAGAUUAGUCCUCUACGCGUUUGUGGCAACGUGCAUGGUCAAUCAAGUCUUGCAAGGUGACUUGCCAUCAGCAGUAAUAAAAACAAGCAAAUGAAGUAGUCAAGACGCGAAACAAAAAAGCAGGCGUUGCAAACGACAGGAAAACGCGCAUGAGCAAGCCAAGAUUGGUUUGAGUUUUAGUUUUAAUUUUUUUGAAAAUAUUGUACAGUGAAUAGUUUAGCCAGUCAGGAAGUAAUUUGAAUUAGCAGCCAUUUUUUUGUCUCAUGGUUUGCAUGUUAGGCCUUAACUGUUACCGGUGGACGCAGUUUAAACCCUAAUAUCAAAUUUAGAUUCUCAUUUACUGCCCCUAUACUUUUUCAACAGAAGUAGUGGGGAGAAUUUUUUGAAAUAUGAAUUAGACUCAUCUUUCCUGAUCAUGUACUCAAUUCUCAUGACCACUCUGUUUAAAGGGUUAACGGACACUCUUUAGCUCACACCACUUAUUACUGUUGCCUUCUCAUAUCAGACAUUGCAGUGGAGUUAGACGAACACACCAAGACCCCUGCGCUGGUUUUAAGCACCGAUCGCCUUGAAGCCUCCAAUCCAAACUGGAGAUUUGAAAGCGUGCAUGCCACCCUGUGCAUCGGGCGGGGUAUGUGUGCAAUAUCCCCUUUUCCCGCGGGAUGGUAUUACGAGGUCACUCUCAAGUCUACUGGCAUACUACAGAUAGGUACGAUAAUACUGCACUUAGCUUCGACAACAAGUGUUUUGCUUUGGUAGCACCUGCUUGUGGUGUUCCCCGACAUGUUAGAAGUUAUCAAUAUUCCUGGUUAACGUCAAUUGUUUACGCUUCAACUGCUCACGUGCCCGUGGAAGAAGUGUAGAAUUAGCGAUAACUAGUUGUAGCAACCGCGCAUCAACCAAAACAGUUAGACGGUAUUCAAUUGGGAACCUUAACCAAACCGGUUUAUUCGGAAAGGCUUAUCUAAUAGAUUAUGGUUUGUUUAUAGUGGAAAGUGCGCUUAGUGUAUCCUACUAGUUUACAGGUACUCCACUCAAAUACUUAGAAACAAAUAAUUCAAACACAACAUAACAGGAUUAAAAACCCCAUCUGGCAGGAGGCAACCAGUUGGUUAUUUACAAGCGUGGCCGAGGAUUUGAACUCAGAACAACCGAGAGCAAAUCCAGCAAGUGGUCAAAGCAGGACUCGAACCUGGUGCCGCCGGAUUGCGAGUCUAACUCGCUGACCACUCGGCUAUAGACUGCAAAACAGUUGGGUUUUUUUUUUCUCAAAAUUGGUUAAGCGUAGCGAAGCGCGAAGCGCGCUUGCCUCACACGUCUGACUGUUCGCGCGCACUUGAAUACGCAAAAAUAGAGACUGUUUUGCAAUCCAACUGGGCCACGCUGCCUCCCUUAGUUAAAACCAUCAAAUACUGUUGUGUUAACGAUUCUUUCGUCUCUUUACUUAGGCUGGCAAACUGAAGAGUGUCGUUAUGGUCCAGAGAGAGGUGUUGGUGUCGGCGACGAUAAGAACUCGUGUGCGUUCGACGGCGCAAGAUGCAAGGUCUGGAGCGGCCCCCCAAGCGAACAAGUGAACAAUGAUUAUGGAAAAGAAUGGUCUUAUGGAGAUGUACUGGGCUGCUUGUUCUCCUGGAAUGGAGAAGUGUCUUUCUGGUUGAACGGGGUAGAUAUGGGGGUGGCAUUUAGGGGGCUAAACCCCUCGGUAAAUUGGUACCCCGCGGCAUCCGUUGCCAUGGAUCAGAACUGCAGUUUUAAUUUUGGUGGCAGACCUUUCAGGUAGAUUUUUUUUGCCCACAAUGUAAAUAUUAAAAAGAUCUUUUUCAUCCCUUAAAAGCCAAUUUAGUCAUGCAGGCUGAAGUCUGAUUCAACCUCUCCUGGAGCCAUUUGAGCACAAUUUAAUCCAAAACAGCCCCAUCAAAAGCCUAUUCCAACCCACGCUUGGACUUGUUUCAUCCCUUGGGUCCAAAUCAGCCCUAGGUAAAUAGACUGUAUUGGCCCUGAUUUGGAAAAUAAGGAAAUGAAAGUAGAAAAAGGCGGAGAAAUCCAGCAUUUGUUUGUUUUGUCGUUAUCUUCUGAUUGCCUAAGAUAGUCUACUGGAACAUUCUUAACAUUGAAACUGUUUGAAUUUAGAGUGUUAGCCACGUAUCACUUAGUCCAGUCCACUCCAGUAUAUUUCUCCAAUUGAGCAAUCCUGUUGUUAAGGGUUACAUUGUUACAGAUAAAGUGAAAUUUAACGGGAAUUGUGUUGUAUUGUGAAUGUUGACGAGUGAAAAACUCUGCAAGGUCUAGAAAGGAAAACGAGACAAAUCAGGAAACAAAGAAAAUGGUAUUGAUCCCGGCAAAGAUUGCGCUAAAGACCUUUAGAUUAGAUCUACCAGCGCUUAAAAACGUUUAUUUCUUCCUGUGAAUUUGUGUUAAAACAGGUAUGAAAUGCCAGAGGGCUAUAUUGCUGUCAGUCACGUGGUCAGCAAUUUGGUCAAGAAAAUUCCAGUCCGUCUUUCAUCUUGUUGGACACCGGUCAGCGGCAGUUUCGAAAGCAUAGUAGAGGAAGACGAAGAACUGAAUGAUGAGGAGGAUCUGGGAACUACAGAGGCAGCAAAGAUUACCAAGAGUGGUAAUGUGUUCGGUGUUUUUGUCAUUUGCAUAAAAUAAACACAGGCAGACCUAUUAGAGCUUGUUGUUUCAGCGGUAAACACGUAACGGUUUGUAUUCGCCCUUGAUGUACCUUCAGCACAGACAGCCCAGGUUCACGACAAGAAAGUUUCAAAGCGAGCCACAACUGAAGAUCCACUUUGCGCCACUCAGUUAUCGCAACAGUUAGUCAUUUACCGUACAAACAGGUCCAACUGUUACUUUGAACAACCAAUUUUUUUGUUUCUCUGUUACACUAUCAAUCGCCUGAGAAGAGAUUUUUUCAUAAAUAAAGUGUGAAUGGAUUGCACUUUGCUGCGGGUAGGCUGCUUGUCGAACUCGCCUCUGAUUGGCAAAUACGGCUGCGAAAUUAAGGGUACUGUUGUUAAAUCUUUUUUGUCUUACAAUUUUGCGAUACGUUAAUCUUACGUCAUCUUUUCAGUCGAGGAUAUAAGUAGCUUUGCGUAUUUGCUACAAGAUAUAAAUACGUCAAAGAAACGAGGACGACGAAAAGUGAGGUCCAAGUAUAAAACAAUACAAAAAUCGUUGCUCUUUUUCUUGCAGGUAAAGGAGAAGCAAGGCUUCCUCGGGAAAGAACGGAUUCUGGCGCGUUGGCUGACGAGGAAAAAUCUUUGAAAGUUUCCUUAGAAGUGGACAUGCCUCAAUCAGAAGUGUUUUCCAACACCCAUCACUCGUCCGAUGUCCAUGACACUUCUGGUGCGCCUCACACUUCCGCUGUCUCCGACUCAUCGCUCAUCCUUUCACCCGAGCCUAACAACCACUCCCUUACCUUUGUCACGCCAUCAUCCAGUAUUUUCACAACCCCUCGCGGCUCUCCGACGAGAGCAUCGCCGUCUUCGGUGCUCUUUCCCUCAAGCAAGAAUGACCAGACACCGAAUGAAGCCGAGCAGAGUGGGGACGAGUCAGGGCUUGAAGAAAAGCCUCCAUAUGAGGAGAAGCACGUGACAAGCACCCCAUAUCUGGGUGCUGGCUCUUUGAGGGACUCCAUUUGUAAGCGCUUUGCUACUGCGUCGCGACUGGAUUCCCUGAGAGAAAUUUCGUGCGAAGAGUCAUUUAUUGACGACGCAGGUAGGAGUUUAAAUUGUCCAUGAAAGCGUUUUAUUCUCUCCAGUGCUGUGUUUUCAUGAAAGGUUAAUUUAUCACGAGGACUUUUAUCGCAUAUUAAAGACCGACAAGAAGUUGAAAAUACGACGCUUAGCGGGUUUUAUCGACGAUCUCUGAGGUUUUUGUUAUCGUAUUGAAACAUUCUAUCCCGUGUUUAAUGAAACUUGUGGAAAAGGAAAUAAGGAUGCAAACGAAUAAUUUUUACAUCACACAUCCACGAUAUCCACAAAAUUACUAUUUUCAUACAACUGUUAACUCCGCAAUUUGUUCUGUUUCUAAUUCCAGAGCCAAUAAUUCCUUUCCUGUACUUUGAAGCUGAACUGAAACACGCUCCUUGUCGAGUGAAACAAAUUGGCAUGAUCAACGUGGAAACAAGAGAGAAACUCUAUUGUGACGUACAUGACGGACAUCUUACUCUGCCCAACUCGUCCAGUCCUACCUCGUACGAGCAGGAGAUCUUUAGGGUCCCGGAUGUUGUGGGUUGUGGUGUUGUCAUGUCAUCCGGACAAGUCAUGUUCACACUGGAUGGAGUGCCUACAAGACAGUUAUACGAAUUCCCCACCAGUAAACCUUCAUCUCUGGCGAUUGACAACUUCUUCCCGUACAUAUCGUGCACGCGAAUCCGCUGCAAUUAUGGCCAGCAGUCGUUCCUGUUCGAGGAUGCGAACAGAAAAAAAUCAUCGCAUACCUGUGCUUCUUUGCUGCAUAUUAUUUACGAGUCACGUGACUUUCUCGUGAACUCCCCUUCAGAUAUGCCUCUGAAAGCUUAG